CUAAGGUUUCUUUUCUUCUUCUUCUUCUUCUUAAUAGUAGUUGGUUCUCGUUUUUCUCCUUGCUCCCGCCCCUCUGCGCCACCGCCGUAUCCACCCAUCUCCUUCAACCCCCACACCGGACACGGCAACAACCACCGCAACUUCACGUUUCUCAGAGUUUGCUACUAAUGGGGAAGCUAGGGAAGAAGGCGAGGAAGUUUGCGAAAAAGAAUUUACAGUCAGUUUUGAGGAACAAGAGGAAGUUAAAUUCUAAGUUCAAAAGGAAAACUUCAAAAAGAGAUAACCCAGAUAUUGAAGAAAAUCAAGAGGGUGAUACAAAUCCUUCAAAUGGAAGAAAUACUGUUGGUGAAGAAAUACAAGACACUUCCCUUGAUGCUGUAUUCAGUGAAGAUGACAGUGAGGUGCUUGGGGAUGAUUCAGACAGUGACGGAUAUCUUUCAGAGGACUCAAGCUGUGCACAUGAUACUGGAAGUGAUGAUGAAAAUAAAAAUUAUAUUGAGAACACCAAUGGUGGUAGUUCCUUAUUAGUGCAAAAUAGAGAUGUUCUGGAAGAACUUUCAAAGAAAGAAAAAAAGCUGAACAGAUUGAAAGAAAAGGAUCCAGGGUUUUCUAAAUUUCUUGAAAGUUAUGAUUUGGGCAUUGGAGAAAACACAGAUGAAGAAAUGGGUUCGGAUGAUGAAGAAAGGUUGGAUAGGGUGCAACCAGUGGAUGAUGAUAGUGCAGGCUCUUGGGUGGGUAAACCAUUGACUAGUGCGUCUGUUGAUUCAUUGUGUAAACUGGUCAAAGAACAGCAUAGUUUGUCUGCCCUUACUUGUCUCAUAAAUGCUUAUAGGGCAGCAUGCCACAAUGAUUCUGAAGCAACCCGUGUCAGUGGUUGUGUCUCAUCUCACGGCAUUCAGAAAAGUGAAACUUUCUGCAAGAUUUUAAUGUUCACGCUCCAUGAGGCUGAUACUAUAUUUAGGAAAUUUCUGGGAAUAUCGACCUCAAGUUCCAAGAAGGAAACUAUUUUGGAUCUCAAAAAUACACCAAAGUGGUUGUCUCUUAGACCACUUGUUAAGUCAUACUUGAGGAGUACCAUGUUUCUCCUGAACCAGGUCACUGAGUCAGAGAUAUUGACCUUCUCAAUUUGUCGACUCAGAACUUCAAUAGUAUUUCUUGUUGCAUUUCCAUCUUUACUGCUCAAGCUUCUCAAGAUUUCUGUUCAUCUAUGGGCAACAGGUGAUGGGUCUCUGUCAUCAGAUUCCUUUCUUAUCAUACAAGAUAUAGCUUCUGUGUUCAGCUCUGAUUGCUUAGAAAUCUGCGUUGUCAAAAUGUACAAGGCCUUCAUUAGUCACGCUCAAGUUGUUGAGCAAAGAAUGUUUCAACAUAUACAUUUUCUAAGGAACUCCUUUGUGGAGCUAUGCUGUUUAGAUGUGCAGAAGUCAUCUAACAAAGCAAUGAUAUGCGUACAGCAUCUAGGUAAGAUAUUGCAGAAGGGGUGGCAAACCAAAAAAAAGGAGGUGGUUAAGAAAAUUUGUAGUUGGCAGUACAUCAAUUGCAUCGAUCUAUGGGUUACAUUUAUAUCAGCAAACAUUCAAGAUUAUGAUCUUCAGCCACUGCUGUAUAUGAGUGUACAGAUUAUAAAUGGAGUUGCUCUCCUCUUUCCCGGGCCUAGAUACUUGCCACUGAGACUGAGAUGUAUCCAAUGGCUUAAUCAUCUUGCUUGUUCUAGUGGGGUUUUCAUUCCUGUUACGUCAUUGGUGCUGGAUGUUUUAGAAUACAAAAUUACCAAGGAUGGUGGGAAACCUGGCAAAGUCUUUGAACCUUUGUCUUCCGUAAAGCUUCCAAAGCAUUGGUUAAAAUCACAGGACUUCCAAGAAGAGUGUGUCUUAUCUGCCAUUGAACUCCUCUCGGAGCACUUUGCACAAUGGAGCUACCAUUUAUCUUUUCCUGAACUGGCAAUAGCUCCACUUAUCCACCUUAAGAAGCUCUUUGAGAGAACUUCUAUUGAGAGCUUAAAACGUGUUAUCAAGCGUUUCAUUGAUCAGGUAGAGUUGAAUGUUGAUUAUGUGCAAAAGAAAAGAGAUGAGGUGCCUUUCUCGCCGAAGGAUCAGCAGUCUGUUGAAUCAUUUCUUCAGGCUGAAAAACGUAAUGGUAAUACACCGUUUACCCAAUACUAUAAAAGCAUCAUGAGCAAGGCAGCUUCUAGGAAAGUGAUUUCAAAUAAAAAGUCUCCCGGCAAAGGAAAGAAGAAAAUGCAACAUCCAAAUGGCACUGUUGAUGUGAUUACUUCUGAUUCUUGAAAGAAUUAACACUUUUUCUGCUACCAUGAUUUGGUUCUGCUGGAGUUUGAAGAAAGCAGGUUGUACUUUUGUUUUCUCGUGCACUUUGAUACACCUUAUUUUAGGUUUAGAAAUCAUCACCUAAGAUUUCUCCACUGAAGACAAAUGCAGCUUCAUUCAUUACACCCAACGGUCAUUAAUUUUGACGUAUUAUAGAAUAUGUAACACAAGAAUGUGAUUUAAAUUUUGCAAUUUCCUGAGAUAUCCUAAGUGUGUGUUGCUGUGUGGGUGUUGAUACUGUCACAUUGAGCAAAAUAUCAUUAUCGUCUAUGAGUAUUAAGA